AUGAUGAGUGAUAUGCAGAAUAUGAUGACAGAUCAGCAAAAGUUGAUUGCAGAUAAUCAGAAUCGUGAUUUGGUUGUGCGGAAUUUAGAGAGACGGAUGGGACGGAUGGUGCUAGAGGAUGCAAGUGUAAAGAAAGCUAGUCGAGGAGAGGCUGAAAAGGAGAAGAUUGCCACAGAAACGAGUGAAAAAGGGAGAGUUGUUGAAGCAUCGGGAUCAAAGCAGCCACAGGCCGUGGUUGCAAAGCCACCGCCUCCAUUCCCUCAACGUCUGGCAAGACAGAAAGAAGAGGCUACUUAUAAGAAGUUUCUUGAUUUGCUUAAGCAGGUAAACGUGAACGUCCCCUUGGUUGAUAUGCUGCAGGGUAUUCCAAAGUAUACUAAGUACAUCAAAGAUAUUGUUGCAAAUAAGAGCCGUUUCACCGAGUAUGCCACAGUUGCACUCACUGAGGAGUGCACUUCUCGUAUUCGGAACAGGUUGCCCACAAAAUUGAAGGAUCCCGGAAGUUUCACAAUUGAGAUUUCUAUUGGGACACAGGUUGUUGCUCGAGCACUUUGUGACCUAGGUGCAAGUAUAAAUCUGAUGCCUUCGUCUAUCUUUCGGAAGCUAGGUUUGGGAGUGCCCAGACCAACCACUAUAGUUCUUCAGCUGGCAGACAGAUCGUUGGCAAGACCCGAAGGCAUUAUUGAAGAUGUAUUGGUACAAGUGGGGUCGUUGAUAAUUCCUGCUGACUUUGUGAUAUUGGAUUUUGAGCCAGACCCGGAAGUCCCAUUUAUUUUGGGGCGUCCGUUCUUGCCACAGGGAGAGCACUUAUUGAUGUAG